AUGGCCCGCGAUCCGAGCAAUGUCGCAGUUCAGCUGCCGAUGCCAGUUCAAGUUCUUAGCCAGAGCUUCAACUUCAAGAGUGCCGACGAAGCCAAAUGGUGGCAAAGCACCGCACCCAUGUUUGCAACCAUGAUGGCCGGUGCCAAUUAUGAUGUGCAUGCGCAGUACAAGUUCCUGUGCCUCCACCGCGACUUCAUCAUCCCGGCCUUGGGCCCGUACCCCACCAAAGGGGAGCCGAUGCCCUGGAAAAGCCAUUUGACACGCUUUGGACUGCCGUUUGAAUUAAGCUUCAACUAUUCCAAGUCGCUCCUCCGUUUUGCGUUUGAGCCUCUAGGCCCUCGCACCGGCACAGAGGAAGAUCCAUUCAAUGCCCAGGCGAUUGGGCCUGUGUUGAAUCAGCUCAAAACCGUCAUUCCCCGGCUGGACCUUGAAUGGUUCAAUCAUUUCGUCAGGGAGCUAGUUGUCUCCGCGGAAGACGUCCAAUCUAUUCGGGAUAAGAAUCCCAUCCCAGUGUUCAAAACCCAAAACAAACUUGCGGCGGACCUGGGCCCCAAUGGCGAUAUCAUGCUAAAGACAUAUAUCUACCCUCGCAUCAAGUCCAUUGCCACUGGUACGCCCAAGGAACAACUGAUGUUCAAUGCGAUACGCAAAGCGGACCCGGAUGGCCAACUGGCGGCUUCAUUGGCAGUGUUGGAGGAAUUCAUGGCAGAACGGAGUCCCACUCUCAUCGCUCAUUUUCUUUCGUGUGACCUUGUCAAGCCCUCAGAAUCUAGAAUUAAAGUCUACUGUUUUGAAAUCCAGCUUGACUUUGACUCCAUUGCGGGCAUCUGGACGCUGGGCGGCAGACUCAACGAUGCCGAGACGUUGGCUGGGCUGGAACUACUCAGGAAGCUCUGGGACUUGCUACCAGUAACUGAGGGCCGCUGUCCCCUUCCCAAUUGCUUCUACGAGCCCGGACAGUCCCCCAAAGAACAACUUCCCUUUAUUAUCAAUUUUAGCCUAUCCCCUAACAAGCCCUUCCCCGAACCCCAAAUUUACUUCCCCGCGUUCGGCCAAAACGACAAAGCAAUUGCCGACGGGCUCACAACAUUCUUCAAGGACGUGGGCUACGCGGGUCUUGCGAAGACUUAUUCGUCUGACUUGGCCUCAUACUACCCGGAGCUGGACAUGGCCGAGACGAACCAUCUGCAAGCGUGGGUUUCGUACUCCUCUAAGUCGAAUAAGCCCUAUAUGAGUGUCUACUUACAUACAUUUGAGGCUUUACGUAAUGCGGCUGGCACAUUAUUGACAAAUUUUUGA